AUGAUAUCGGAAAGGAAAUACAACUCUUCAUCCCGUCAAAAGAAACGCCGCGAGGCCGAGGUAGACGAGAAGCUCCGUUCGCUCAACAUCUCGCUAUGUCAAUACCUUCAGUGGUACUUCAACCCAGACACGACAGCCCUUCAGGUCUUGACGCAUCGUCCAAAUCUUUUUAACGGUCACUGGCCUAGCUUCGAACACGUGCUCAAUCUGAUCGUCGAAGUAGGUCGACGAAGUGGCAGCAAAGGACGAGAUCGCAUCAACACGUAGAUUGCCAAGCAGGUAGGUAAUGCAGCCAUCUACCACAAUUUCACAUCCCCAAAAGAUUAAACAUCGAAAUCGUAGCUGACACCGCGUUAUCUUGGUAAAGUCUGACUCGAUCAUUGUUCAGGAGAUGAAGAGAUCAACGCCAACUUAUGUUCCCAGCCAAGAGCUCACACCCGACCGUCUGACAUCCGACUGCAUCGACGAAGGGCUCGACAAAACUGCAGACGACAAUCAAUCUUUGGCCGCAUUCAAAACCUACUGUCUCGGAGAGAGCAGAUCGAUGGCGUCGUUUCCAGUCGUACCGCGCAAGAUGAGGACAUGGAUAAUACCGAUGGCCAUGGUGUGUAAGAACACGGCACUGAGUCGCGCACAUUCUAAUAGCGGUGAUGAUCUUAAACAAAAUUUUAAUUAA